ACGCUCACGAGCUACUGGAGCUGCUGCUGCUGCUGGUGCUGCUGGUACUGCUGGGACAGAGCCACAGUAAGAGGAGAAGAAAGUGUGUUUUUUGCACGAAAAAACGCAUGAAACCGCCGGCAUGUUUACGUUAAGAGUUGCAGUCUGCCGAACGCUUUGCAGCGUCUCUAAACCUUUCCUGAGAAUGACCAUCCAGAAUGGGUCUGCCAUAUCUGCCAGAGACUGCUCUCAGGCAGGAAAUAAAAGAAACACACUGAGAUGGAACCUGUCUCCAGAUGAGAUCAGGACCAACACAGACAGCCUGAUUAACAGAGUAAAGAAGGUCUAUGAUGUCAUUGGAUCCCUAAACAUAGAAAAUGUGUCAGUUGAAAACACCCUGAAACCCUUGGCUAAUGCGAAGCUGGAUUAUGCAUCAUCUCGCCAUGCUCUUGAUUUCCCCCAGUAUGUUUGUUCAUCUAAGGAGGUUCGGUCUGCAAGCACAGAGGCAGACAAGAAACUGUCUGAGUUUGAUGUGGAGAUAAGUAUGAGGGAGGAUGUGUUCAAGCGAAUUACUGCCUUGCAGGAAAAGUAUCAAGAAAACCUCUCCCCAGAAGAAAAGAGAUUCUUAGACAGACUUGUUACAUUAGGCAAGAGGAACGGAUUGCACCUGUCUAAAGAUAUUCAAGAGGAAAUAAAAAGAACUUCCAAGCUUAUCAGUGAACUCUCCAUAGAGUUCAACAAGAAUCUGAAUGAGGACAAUACUUUCCUUGUGUUUUCUGAGCGUGAAUUGGGUGGACUGGCAGAUAGCUAUCUCAAUGGACUGGAGAUGACAGCAGAUGGACGGUAUAAAGUGACACUUGAAUAUCCCCAUUACUACCCCCUGAUGAAGAGGUGUUACAUUCCUGAGACCAGGAGGAGGAUGGAAACGGCUUUUCACAGCAGGUGUAAAGAGGUAAACACAGCGAUCCUUGAACAGUUAAUACAACUGAGAGCAAAAGUUGCAGAAUUACUGGGUUACAGUAGCCAUGCAAACUAUGUGCUGGAGAUUAACAUGGCCAAGAAUGCAAGCAAUGUGUCUGACUUUCUAGAUGCAUUCUGUGAAACUCUGAAGCCCAUUGGGAUCAAGGAGAGGAAAUAUAUUCUUGCACUAAAAAAGAGGGAGUGCUUGAUGAAGGGCUACCGUUUUGACGGACAGAUCAACGCCUGGGACUUGCCCUACUACAUGAACCAAGUGGAGCGGUGCAAGUUUGCUGUAAACAAGGACAAACUGAUCGAGUAUUUCCCGCUUGACGUGGUGACAGAAGGACUGUUGGGUAUCUACCAGGAGCUGCUGGGUCUCACGUUCACAGAGGUGAAACAUGCCCAUGUGUGGCAUGAAGAUGUCAAGCUUUUCUCAGCUUGUGACACUGAAACAGGAGAGGAGGUUGGCCACUUCUACCUGGACUUGCAUCCAAGGGAAGGAAAGUUUGGCCAUGCAGCCUGUUUUGGGCUCCAACCAGGCUGCAGAGGGCCUGAUGGGAAACGCAGGCUUCCAGUGGCAGCCAUGGUGGCCAACUUUACCAAGCCCAGAAAAGGUUGUCCCUCCCUCCUCCAACACCAUGAACUGGAGACUUAUUUUCAUGAGUUUGGUCAUGUGAUGCAUGAGCUCUGCUCCAAGACCACUUUUUCAGAAUUCAGUGGAACCCUGGUGGAGACAGACUUUGUGGAGGUGCCCUCUCAGAUGCUUGAGAAUUGGGUUUGGGAAAAGGAGCCUCUGAGAAGAAUGUCUCGCCACUACAGGGAUGGCACCCCAAUCCCAGAUAAUAUGCUUGACAAACUCAUUGCAUCCAGAGUAGCCAACACCGGUAUGAUGAACCUGCGUCAGGUCGUCCUCAGUAAAGUGGACCAGUCACUACACAGCAGCCCUCAUGCAGAUACAGCUGAGGUGUUUGCGCAGCAUUGCCGAGACAUAUUGGGUGUUCCUGCGACAGCAGGCACCAAUAUGACAGCUAGUUUCAGCCACUUGGCUGGAGGAUAUGAUGGUCAGUACUACGGCUAUCUGUGGAGUGAAGUCUACUCCAUGGACAUUUUUUUCAAUCGUUUUAAAAAGGAAGGCAUCAUGAAUCCAAAGGUUGGAAAAGAGUACAGAAGGGUGAUUCUGGAAACUGGUGGCUCUAAGGAUGGCAUGGACAUGCUGAAGACCUUUCUUGGACGUGCACCAUGCCAGGAUGCAUUCUUUCAGAGCAAGGGGCUCAUUAAGUCACAGGAAACAAACACUGUAAUUUGAUGUAACCAUUAGAAGUAUUUUUGUCAAAACAGGGUAUAUUUCUCAUUGUCUGGAUGCAGGUCCACAAGGAAAAUGAAUUUGCUUUAAGUGUAUUUUUACUGUGUUUUAAGUUUUUCCACUUAAUUGUUACUACCUAUUGGACAACAGGCCUUUUCCACAACAGACAUUUUAACUUUGCAGGAAAAGCACAGGUGUUACUAAUGACAUUAAUGAUGGCUCUGUUGUAUUAACAUGUCCCAGUAAGACAUGACGGUGUUACAGUGAGCUUGAAUACACAAUACCAGAACCCUGAAAAUGAAGCAGCUAAAUGGAAUUCAGCCAUCAUUAAUUUGAUUAUUUUCAUCUGUGCUUUUCCUCUGUUGUGUGUGUGCACAGCUGCAAGUGAUAAGUAAAGUGACAACGCAUUUUGGUAUUUUACAGGUCCCUUAAUUUUAUACUAAUUACCUGGAAAUUUACAGAGUAAAUUGCAAGUAUUUCACAGUUAAUUUUUAGGACAUUUUACAGAAAGGGUGGUGCAAAUUAACAAUCAGGAGCCCAAAUAUGAUGACUGGUUACUUACCAACUAAACCAACUUAACACUUUCACCAAAUUACACCACCCUUUCUGUAUAAUGCCCUUGAAAUAAAUUGUUAAAUACCUGGAAAUUACAAUGAAAAUUUUCUGGAAUUUAAAAAAUAUGAUUUAUAAAAUUCAAGGACCUGUGAAAAGCGUUACCAGGUUUUUCAGAGAUUAACCCACUUCAUAACCUGCAAUGUGUAUGCAAAGAAAGUGGCCAUGGUAUCUUUUGAAACCUUUGUUGUUGUCCUAUUUUGCAACCCCCUCUGUUAAAGCAGAUAUGUUUCAAUUCAUGUUGUCUUAAAUGAUUUAAAAUAUGUAUUUUCAUGAUUGAACAUUCAUGUCUAAGCAACAGAAAUAUUUGAAAAUGUUAAAGGCCCUAGGCCUCCCAUGUUUAAACUGCAUUCAGGUAAAAUGGCUCAGUAAACUUUACUGUCUUACAUGUCUUAGACAAUUUACAGUUCCCUCGUAAUAGGCAUUAGGCUAUUGUGAAUGACCUUUGAGAUAUCUCCAGAUCUUUCUAAUUAAGGAUGUGAUUAAGAAAUAGUGUCAUUGCCAUAUUUUUAAACUAGGGGGGAUUCAGGGGACAUCCUUAUUUAAAGAUAUGUUUUAAGAUGUAUGUAAAAGACUCUACUUUGAAUAAUAAUUUGUGUCUGAUAUAGUUUUUCCACACACAAAAAAGUUUAAUUAUCUUGUUAAAAUCCUUAAAAUGACAUCUGUUUCUUCUACCUCAUGAAAAAUUCUAGAAUAAAGAAAUAUGCAAAUAUA